AUGGAAGACCUCAACGCUCAAAAGGGACCUGUUCAGCCUGCCGAUGCCGAGGAUCCCGCCGUUCCAAACGCUUCUACCCAGAUUUCUAUUGCUCAAGUGGUCGAUGGGCAGCAUGUCAGCACUCCCACCCCAACUUCUCACUCUGAUAGUACCCGGGUUAUUGCCACACAAGACACAUCCACUGAAGGCUCUGCUUCCUUCUUGAUGGCGGCUCAAGGUGUCCCCGCUGACAAUCUCCGUGGUCAAAAUUUCGGAUCUGGUACUGUGGUUUAUGUCGCAAGACCACCAACUCGCAACACGACAAUUGAUCCUCCCCAGAAAGUACCUCAGGGCUACUCCACUUCAGAGCAAUCCAUCAAUGCCUCAGGUCUCCAAGGCGUUCCGCCUCCAGGAGAUCACAACAUUAGGGCUGUUACUCAGAGCGCCAAUACCUUAAGUCUCAUGCCACUGGGCCCUGGAGUCAACCCCAUUGCUGACCACACUGUCAACUCCCUUAGUUAUCUAAUGAAUUCCGAGGCCAAUCAGAGAAAUGCAGGUGAAGGUCUUCAUCCAUCACUCUCUGCAGCGAAUACCCACUCGCCAGGCGUUAGUGUCAGUAUGCCUUUCUACCCACCGAACAGUGGAAAUUCCUCAGCAAACAGUGGGAAUGAGCAGGCUCUUCCGAUUCCGAAUCCAAAUCCGGGAAACGUUGUCGCAGGCACAUCCUCCUCUAGCCACAACCGGCCAGGUACUUCUGCUGCUCCCCGCGCGGAAGAUCCUGUCGCGGUUGCUCUUCUGGAACACAUCUAUUCAGGGAGGGGUGGGCCGUUUGAUGCCCUUCCGCAUAUGAGACGUCGCAACCAGGCUCAAGCCAACGCCCAAGAUGAUGCUCGAGCCCACGCUGCUGCUCAGGACAACAUUACUGUUCAGGCCAACGCCGCUGCUCAAGCUGGUGCCGCUGCCUAUCUCAACUACAUUGCUCCUCGGACCGUGUUGCAGUCGCACAAUCCGGGCCAAUCAACUCACGUCCCAAAUCAGCCUCUUGGUGUGCAAGCCUUGAUGAACCGAGCUAAUCAAGCUCGUAACGCUCGGGCUCGGAAUCCCAGGAAUCAUAGCCAGGGUCCUGUUUUCGACCCUAGAGACGCUGUAGCUGUUGAGCUUAGUAAUAACAUUGCGAUCAACUCUCGGACUAUAGCCGAGCACCGUGGUAGAGUCCAGCACUACGCUUCAAACUUUCAGCGUGCUCGCUCAAAACCGCAGGCUCAGCGUGUUCUUCAGCAGGGUCAGCCCCCAAUCACAACCCCAGCCACUGGUUCUCAGCCUGCAACUCCAAGCACUGGUUCUCAGCCCGCAACCCCAACCACUGGUUCUCGGCCUACAGAUCAAGACCCAGCGAGCGCUAGUGGAGAGACCCAAACAACCAACAACGCGUUUGAUGGCAUGCUCCAGAUCAUUGGUGAGCAAGAUACUCAGCUUGCAGCAGCCGGGCUUGAUCGUCUUGGAUUUCCUGUCGAAGUUCCACCCCGACCGACCCAGGUUUACUUACCAAACGAUAUGCUCCAGGCGUACUUGAUCCGAAUGCAGCUCAUUGGUGGUAUCCCCCCAAAUGAAGUCAUACGUAUGGACAGCCAUACUACUCAGCAACGGCUGCGGUACGGCGAGAGAAGAGCCAGCAAUCCUGCUAUCAUCAAUGUGAACCGACGAAUCGGUAGAUUGGAAAUUCCAUACAUACCCCCUGCACGAUUCACCGGUCGCCUUGAACCCCUUCCCACUGACACGGAAGGUUGGUACCCGGCUGUUCCUGAAGAUGUGCAGGCCCUUCCUUCUAGUGCUUCUCUUCCCCCGCCUGAUGACAGCGGUGGAAACAACACUGGUGUUUUUGCAUCUGAUACAGAGCUUCUUCAGCAUAUUUUCCCGGAGAACACCCAGCAGGAAUCCGACAAUGACGUUAUUAUGAGUGACUCCAACAACACUACUCCGCAGUCGCAGAACAGUGAAGACAGCAACCCGACUGAUUCGGCGGACAGAGAAUGUAUGGAAGGACUUGAGCCAGGAGCGAAUUGA